GCAUGUUCCCGUUCCUCAGCUUCAGCCUGUCGGGGCUGAACCCCGCCGCUCGCUACAGCGUCUGCGUGGACGUGGUUCUGGUGGACCAGCACCACUGGCGCUACCAGGGCGGCAAGUGGGUGCAGUGCGGGAAGGCCGAGGGCAGCGUGCCAGGGAACCGCCUGUACCUGCACCCCGACUCGCCCAACACGGGCGCGCACUGGAUGCGCCAGGAGGUUUCCUUCGGCAAGCUGAAGCUCACCAACAACAAGGGCGCCUCCAACAACGUCGGGCAG